CAAGAUGGUGGAGCAAAUCUAUACAGUUGACAUGGAGACGCUUAGCUUGUAUUGAACAAAUAGACGAUUCGCGUCGACGAUUCAACGUUGUGUGUUCGGAGCGCGCGGAACGCGAUUCUCGCGGUGCAUACAAUAUUAGCUUCAACGAUGCGUUGCCUUGUAUACGAAGGGCUUUAGUUUCGACGAUUUACGUUGCUUUGUGUCCGAAGGGCCUAAGACAUGUUGUGAAUAUUGAAGUGGAAAACGAUUAAGUAGAACUUAUUACAACAUUUUUCAUUAGUGCAUUGUUUCAAGUGGAUAACAGUCGUUCAUAUAAAGUGGAGACAUUUGAACAAUGAUUAUGUGCUUAAAAUGGAAUAUGAGUGGAGUGUAAUUAGAGCUCAAGUGCCUACGUAUGCGAUUCUGUAAAGAUUUGGAGAGAUCAAGAGCAUUGCUGUGCGGUAUACAAUGAUUGUGUAACUUUGUAUAAAAUGGAUAAAGUGGAUAUAAUAGUUAUUGGUGCUACAGGCUUCACAGGAAAACAUGUUGUUCAACUGUUAGCCGCGUUUAAGAAACAUGACACAUAUAAAACAAUAACAUGGGGGAUAUCUGGCAGAUCGAAGGAGAAAGUGAAUAACUUGCUGUCAGAGAUUGAAGAAUAUGAUGUUGACGUUACGAAAAUUCUAACAAUAAUAAGUGACGUCAAAGAUGAUAGCAUUUGUAAUGUAACGAAGAGGGCUAGAAUUGUUAUAAAUUGUACGGGACCCAAUACUUUACUAAGCGAAUACAUAGUGAAAGCGUGUGUACACACUGGAACACAUUACGUUGAUAUAUCCGCGGAAUUGUACCACAUGCUGAAUGUAUACAGAGCGUACCACAAACGGGCAGAAGAGGCUGGCGUGCUAAUAGUACCGAGUUGUGGUUUUGCAUCCAUACCAACUUCUACAGGACUUAUAAUAUUGGAUAGACAUUUUAAAGGGUCAUUGCAUACCGCCGAAUGUUACGUCGAAUUACAUAUACCUAGAGAAUGUUACUACGGUGGUAGGAAUAAAACAUUAGUACACUACGGUACUUGGGAGGCUUUUGUAUUUGAAAUGACAAAUAUGAAGAAGUUUAAAGAUUUAAAGAAAGAGACAUUUCCUGAAGCCAUAAAUGAAUCUGUACCGACGGAAAUAAAGAAAUCAUUUUUCCAUAAACACGAAAGAAAAUGGUGGUUCCCUUAUCCAGGACCGGACUAUGAAGUCGACUCAAUGGCUCAGAUAUAUUUUCAAGAAAAAAAAGGAAAGAAACCGAUACAUUUUAGGGCUUACACUACGAUGCCAUUACUCAUUCAUUUUUUAAUUAUCCCUUUAGUUUUCAUCGCAUAUUUUCUAUGUAAAUUGAAAUGCUUUAGAAACCUAAUGUGGAAGCACCCUGGCUUCUUUUCCUUUGGUUUAAUGUCACAUAAGGGGCCAACGGAAAAACUGAAGAAUGAUUUGAAAUACACGUUCACUCUAAUAGGAAAAGGAAGCGAUCCGACUACGAAAGAGCAUAUCGUAAAGAUAACAGGAUCUGACCCGGCGUACAAAUCUACGGCGACGACCGCUCUUUUCUCUGCGGUUACAAUAUUAUUGGAAGGAUCCAAAACACCAAAGGGAGGUGUGCUGAUGCCAGAGUGUGCUUUUUACGAAACAGAUAUAGUUGAGCGUUUAAAAAGCAAUGGUAUUGAUUACGAAAUUGUAGAUAAACUGCCUAAUGGAAAAACAUAAUAUGAAAGUACAUACAUAUUGUAUAACAAUAUCGUUAAUUAAGUUGAUGAAUAUAUUUAGUUUUAUUAAAUAAUUGUUUAUAUAAUAACAAUUUUAUUUACUUAG